GUGUCGUCUUCCAACGAUGAGAACAAUAAUCGCAUGUCGUCAAGAAUAAUAAAGAACAAGUCUGUCUCUCACACCCACUCGUCGUCGACCGACAAGAGGGAAGUGCUUGGAGAGUUGAAGCCGGAAAACUCGAUUCAGCAGUCCAGUUCUACCGCAAAAAAAUCUUCUAUAAACAAGUCAUUGGCUCCCUUGACGAGCAACACUUCGAAGAUCCAGAUCUACAAACAGCAGCAGCAACAACUACAAAGCCAAUUAAUUCAAAAUCAACAAAGCCAACGUUACCAAUUCAAGAAACCUCGCAUAGACAAUAUCUUGAAACAUGGCGCCA